AUGUUAAGAGAAAGAACUAUCUUAAAAAGAGGCAAAGAGGUAGAAUAUAACCAAGAGAUACUUUUAGAACAUCUGAAAAAAAUGGCAGUUGGGCUUGACUCAACGUUCAUUAAAGUAACUGAAUUAGCAGAGAAGAUAACCAUGGGAGUGUGUGAUGGCAUGACCACAGAGGAGCUAGGAACUCUCACAGCAGAGACAGCGGCGACUAUGACAACAAGUCAUCCACACUACUCUCUGCUUGCAGGUCGAAUAGAGGCGUCGCUUCUUCAGAAGAGUACCCCUUCGACAUUUUCAGAUGCAAUGUGCAUGCUUGCCACAACAUCCAUAAAUGGGACCGACCUUAAAACCGAAAUUAUCUCACCCGAUAUAAUUGAGAUAGUUAUGAAGAACAAAGAAAGACUGGAUGCUGCCAUACAGAACGACAGGGACUUUGAGUUCUCAUACUUUGGAAUUAAGACCCUGACAAGAUCGUAUCUCCUGAAAGUUAACAAUGUAAUUGUAGAGAGACCGCAAUACAUGUGGAUGCGUGUGAGUGUGGGGAUCCACAGGGAUGAUAUUGAUGCUGUAAUAGAGACGUAUGAGCUUAUGUCUACCAAGCACUUCAUACACGCGACCCCCACCUUGUUCAACAGUGGAACCAUCUCGCCACAGCUCUCCAGCUGUUUCUUGCUCGCCAUGCAGAGCGACUCAAUUGAUGGAAUAUACAACACUCUAAAGCAGUGUGCAGUUAUAUCCAAGCAUGCAGGAGGAAUAGGCGUAAACAUUCAUAACAUUAGAGGCACAGGCUCAUACAUUAAGGGCACCUUUGGGCACUCAAAUGGAAUUAUUCCUAUGUUGCGUGUAUUUGAUGCAACAUCAAAAUAUGUUGACCAAGGGGGAAACAAGAGGCCUGGGUCUAUUGUGGUUUACAUAGAGCCAUGGCACAGAGACAUAUUCGACUUCUUGGAUUUGAAAAAAAACACAGGAAAGGAGGAAAUGCGUGCAAGAAACCUUUUCUUGGGACUGUGGAUUCCAGACCUUUUCAUGCGCAGAGUGGAAGAGGAUGGUGAUUGGUGUCUCUUCUGCCCAAACCUGGCAAAAGGCCUUCAUGAGAAAUACGGAAGCGAGUUCGAAGAGCUGUACACUACAUACGAGAAGACGCCAGAAAUUGAGAAAAAGGUUAUUUCUGCAAGAAAGCUCUGGAAGGCCAUUCUGGAGGCAGAAAUUGAGACUGGUGUUCCAUACAUCCUCUACAAGGACAGCUGCAACCGAAAGAGCAAUCAAAAGAACCUCGGGGUCAUCAAGGGAAGUAACCUUUGUGCUGAAAUUGUAGAGUAUACAGACCCAAGUGAGAUUGCAGUGUGUAACCUAGCAUCUCUAGCUCUUCCAACCUACAUUGAGAACAAGCAGUUUAACUUUAAUAAGCUGAAAGAGGUCGCAAAGAUUGUCGCAAAAAAUCUGAAUAAAAUCAUCGAUGUAAACAAGUACCCACUGGAGGAAGCCAAAUACUCAAACCUAAAGAAUAGACCAAUUGGAAUUGGCGUGCAGGGUCUGGCUGACGUGUACAUUCUCUUGGGAUAUCCGUUUGAAAGCAAGGAAGCGGCAGAGUUAAACAAGGCCAUAUUCGAGACCAUUUACUACGGAGCCCUGGAGGCAUCUUGCGAGCUUGCAGAAAUACACGGACCAUACAAGUCAUAUGCUGGAAGUCCUGUUAGCCAGGGCGUUCUGCAGUACGACAUGUGGGAUGUCCAGCCCUCAGACAGAUGGGACUGGGCCGGGCUAAAGAAGCGCAUUGCAACCCACGGAGUCAGAAACAGUCUUCUUGUUGCACUUAUGCCCACUGCAUCAACUUCGCAGAUUCUCGGAUUCAAUGAGUGCUUCGAAGGGUUUACCAGCAAUAUUUACACAAGAAGAACCCUCUCUGGAGAGUUCCAGAUUGUAAACAUGCAUCUGGUAAAGGAUCUGGCAGAUCUAGGACUAUGGGGACCCGAAAUGAAGAAUAUUAUCAUAGAACACGAGGGAUCUAUCCAAAACAUUCCAAGCAUACCUGACAACAUUAAGUUGCUCUACAAAACAGUCUGGGAAAUAAAACAGAAGGCAGUUAUUGACCAGGCUGCAGACAGAGGCGCAUAUGUAGAUCAGAGUCAGUCUAUGAACAUCCACAUAUCUGCGCCCACAUUUGCACAGCUGACCAGCAUGCACUUUUACGGAUGGAAAAAGGGCUUGAAAACAGGCACUUAUUAUUUAAGAACAAAGCCAACCCAGGCAGCAAUCAAGUUUACAGUGGACAAACAGCAGGCCAAGGAGUACUUACAGAAAGAAAGCAGCCCCCCAGCAACAUGCUCUCUUGAUGGAGACUGCUUAAGCUGUGGAAGCUAA